CAGAGCAAACCGUUCGUUUCCUUGUAACAGUCGAAGAGGAACGAGGGGCUGAGACGGUCGCUUUUCUUCUUGAUUUACAGCAUUUUUCAGGUGAUUACCAAUGGACCCCAUAGGAGACCCGAGAAACCUCCUGAGAUUGAACAGGGAGGCCCUGGUGAGGGACAUUAAAUCAAUCAACCCGAUUCUGGACAGUCUCUUUCGAAAUGGUAAAAUUACAGAAGAAGAGAUGGACGAAAUAAGAGCGGAGACCACUCCACAAGACAAAGUGAGACGACUGCUCGACGUGAUCUCAUCAAAGGACACUACAGCGUACUAUCGCUUUCGGGAGGCAUUGAAGAUAAGCUAUCCACAUCUCGAAAACAUUUUACACAGAUGUCCAAUACAUAACGAGAGAUUGAAACUGUACUGUGAGGUCUGCGAGCACCUUCUUUGCUUUGACUGCAAAAGUGGGCAUUCAACACAUAGGUGCACAUCAAUAACUGCUGAAGCAGAUGACAUAAGGACUUGCUAUGCAUCAUUUAUUAGAGAAAACAGGAGAAAAAUCUCGUCAUUACAUGAUGAAGAAUUGACUUUUCAGGAGAAACAACGCCUUUGCAGUUGGGCUGCGGACAGACAAAGGUCUCUGGAAGCUAAGAUACGUACAAUGAUCGAACAGGAAUCAAAUUGGUUUACAAAGAAAAUAAUGGAUCGCCCCAGCACAAGUGCAACACUAUCAAGUUUAGCCUCAUCUGUUAACCCAGUUGACCACCAGACAAUGGAAGCCGCAUGCCCAACUUUCGACAUGUUUCAUCGUACUGGACAAGUUUUGAAAAGUAACACACACUGCAAACCAUCCAUCAAAAUAACUGACAUAUCCAAGCUGAUCCGUGAGAACAAAUGGUUGCCACACGACGACCUGGCAUGCUUGCAGCGGCUGAUGAAGUUCAUCACUUGUGAGAAGUCCUCCCUAACAGUAUGGUGUGAUGCAGAAGUGAUCGUCUAUGGAAAACAGAUGCAAGCAGUCACGUUUACAGCAGGGGAUAAGGCCAACAAGUACGUGGUUCAUCUGAGGGACGUGCCUGUUCCGUCUUCUUUAUCGGCUGAACAUGGAUGGUGUAGCGAACAACAUGGAGACGUGAUAAUAUGGUCCAAAACUGUAUAAUCCGGAUGGAAAGACGACGAAGGGCGCGGUCACACAGGUCGUGCGAUCAUCGUACGAUCGCUAACUUUGGACAUUUUAGAUGACAAAAAUGUACGUCUCCUGCAAAGAUCAACUGUCUUGGUACACAAAUUGCUGUUUUGGAUCCAUGUCGGUGGUUGGUUCUGUCACGGCCGUCUUGAAAAUACUAUGGCAUCAAAAUCGUACGACGGUCGCACGACAUAUGAGAUCGCGCCCUAACUUGUAAUGAUUAAAGCUACCUGAAAUUGGCUGUUUGCAUGAUAUGGUUGUACGACCAUGCGUUGGUAUUGACGUCCGUUGGAGAAUAUUCCUUUGCUGUAAUCGUACACCCAGUAACCGCUGACUGCAGGCUUGUUGUAUGUAAAAUUAUAUGCAAUGUGACGUGCCAAUGGAAUUACAAUUAGUAAUUAGUUCUUAAUUGAUCUAUCGGUUUUUUAAUAUAUAAUCAAACACCUGAUAUGUAAAUUGGCAGGCAAAUUGAUAUUGUCAUGCAUAACAUAUGCUAUUCUUUAAUUUCACGAUAUUCAGCUGGUUUCUAGUUUGUGUUUGGAUAUGUUUUCGACAA